ACUCAUUAUCAGGUCCAUAGUCUGACUGCGAGGAGUCUGACCAAAGAGUUUCGUCAGAUGUCUCAACUAAACCUUCCCAGAACUCAACGAAACCGAAUGGAUAUGAAUGGUCACCAAAAUGGUCGACCCGUUAGUCUUAUUGAGAGCGAAUCGAGUAGUACUUCCAAUCCGUGCAGUCCUACUAACGAAGGAUACGCUUCCGAUGAGAGCAGCACCAGUAGUGUUCGUCCAUCAAUACUGAAACGGGCCUCUUAUUGGCAAAAACGCUGCGAACAGGGAUUGAUAUCCGACUGCUCUGUCAGUGAAGACUUUCCUCCGAUGGAAAUGUUUGCCAAAAAUGACUGA